CGCUCCAUUUCCAGCUAUGACGGCAUCACUGUGCGUCUUUGUUGUUGCAGAGCAUCAAAUUGUCUGCCUCGCCCACAAAAUUGUGCAUACAACUCCAUUUAAAAUAAAUAUCCUAUUGAUGUAGAAUGACUACUAUAUUUAUUUGACACCACUGAAGCAUCCCGAAUACGGGAUUUGGAUAAAAUUGCACCUGAGAAGGAGCCGCGGUCAUAGAGCAGGUCUUAAAGACAGGGCGAAAAGUGGACACAUGUCGUCUGCAGCAGAGACUAUGGAAAAUGCCUCCAUCAUUUCAGACAGUGGGGCCCAUGACGGAAACCGCUUAUGGAUCGGCAACAUUGAUCCUAAAAUAACUGAGUAUCACUUGGUGAAGCUCUUAGAAAAGUUUGGUCAUGUGAAACAGUUCGACUUCCUGUUCCAUAAAUCUGGUCCGUUAGAGGGGCAACCACGAGGCUACUGCUUUGUCAAUUUCAACACCAAAGAGGAGGCUGAAAGAGCCAUCCAGUGCUUAAAUGGCAAGCUGGCGCUGUCCAAGAAGCUAGUUGUGCGUUGGGCGCACGCACAGGUAAGGAGGUUUGAAGGUUUCCGUAACGACAAGACCAUGCCUUCCAGCUUAGAACCGUCGAGCAGCGGCGUCGGAGCCGACGGAGCCUUGAUGACAAACCACCUCAGUACCAGUGCUAAGAUCCGUGCCAUCGAGGCCAAGCUGCAGAUGAUGGAGGCGAAUCCAGACGAGGAGUACUCGGGCCCGUCCGCCUACGUUUAUAACAAGCCGCCAGAGAGGAAGCGCUGGGAGCCCUACUCUAAAUCACACAGCAGGCCCUUUCGAAGGUUUAGGAGAUGACCCACUUAUCAAGGAGAACCCACGCCCCUCCAAUCCGAACCGCUGUUCCCCACACGUCAGCCCCCAAACGCAGCUUUUUUAGACGGAGGGGAAUAAAAUGGACAAUGAUGGACAAAUAACUUCAAGCCAUUUUGUUAUAUUGUGUUACACAAUUUCAGUGUCGUUUAAGAGUGUGUUGUUGUUGUUGUUUUUUUUUUAUGUGUGUGUUGAUGCUCGGAAUUUGCGAGGUGCAGUGUGCCAUUCCUAGGAAAAGAAAUGUUUCAAAUCCAGUCAUGUGAAGAAUAGAAAACGUUGACAAAUCUUGUAAAACUGUUGACACAGUUUAAAGUAGGAAAUUGCGUUUGGAUUCUUUUUUUUAUUCAAGAACAUACAUAUUUUUUAGAUGGGUUAUGAAACCUACAAACAAAGACCUGUAGAUUAAUUGACCUACCAAUGCAAAUUAAAGCUCAGAAGAAAAAGCAGGUACAACAUGUUGAAAUGUAUAAUAAUGAUUAAAGAAUAUUGUUGAAUUAUUUUGUUGCAUAUGUUUUAAUGUCUAUUGCAAGACUUAAAUAAAAAGAGCCCAUGUGAAAAAAGGUUUCCACGCAAUUUAGGGGUGUGUGAUAAUCAAAAUCCGUUUCAGAAACAUAAAUGGUGUUGAUUAAUAUAUUUUUUUCACACUCAGGAAAACACUCAGGUGACUUGGAAGUUCCGCUCUGACACCCCCAAUUUGGCCAACUUUCAAAAUUGUCCGAUAUGCAUGUGUGAUAC